AUGUUAUCGAAUAUAAAUGCAUGUGAUGUAAUGGGUUCACGUGCAUGUGGUCAAAAGCCGGAAAAAGAAGAUCGUGAAACAGAUCCAAUUAAAUAUUGUAUAGCAUCACGAGUUUAUUUCGAAUGUGUUCAUAAAAAAUAUCGUGGUUGUGAAAAUAAAGAAAAAUAUGAAAUGGCAAUGGAAUCCAUUAUGAAAGGUAUUCGAAAACGUGUCGAUGAUCUUCUAGCAUUUUGUAGUGAUAAAAUAGAAGAUUAUAAAUUUAAUAUCGUCUGGGAUUCUCCUAAACAACCUGAAGCAGGUGAUUCAGUUCGUAGCGGUGGUUCACAUAAUCGAGAUAAUGUACCGGCAAAAACUGGUAUUUCUGAUACAUUGACUAUUCAAGCAUCAGGACCCAAUGAUAUAUGUCAAGUAAAAGCAAUCAAUGAUCUAUGUCAACCAUUGAUGAUUAAUGUUAAAUUUAAUCCAUCAUGGAAUACUAUGAAUAAACGUGGUUGGUGUCAACAAGCAACAACUUAUUUUCGUUGUUUAAAAUCACGAUUAGAUAAAUGUCCACAACAAGAUGUCCAAAAUCAAUUUCAACAACUUGAACAUUAUCUUCAAUCACAAAUAAAUUUUAAUUGUCCAGGUGGUGUUGAUGGAUGUACACGUCAGUCAACGGAUGCACGUUGUAAAAUAGGUGUAGUUCAACCAAAUUCUAGUUCACCUAUAUUUUAUCUUUCUUAUUUUUUUGUUCAAUCGAGUGGUUUAGUUAUAUUACUUACAAUCGGUUUGGAAAGACCUGAUAUUUUUCAUAGUCAAACAAGUGCAACAAAAAUAAGCUAA